CUCCCGCACCCCCGCUCAGAAGGUCUUCAGCGCGCAGGCUUUCCGGGGAGCUGUUUGCGCCCUUGGCUGCCUACGCCCUUCGAGGUGCGGCUGGCCGCCCCCUCCCCCGAGACAUGGAUGCCCUGGAACUUGCCAGAAAGCUGCAGGAGGAGGCCACGUGCUCCAUCUGCCUCGAUUACUUCACGGACCCUGUGAUGACGGCCUGCGGCCACAACUUCUGCCGGGAGUGCAUCCAGCUGACCUGGGAGAAGGCCAAGAGCAGGAAAGGGGGCAAGAAGCGGCAGGGCUCCUUCCCCUGCCCCGAGUGCCGCGAGCUGUCCCCUCAAAGGAACCUGCGGCCCAACCGCCUGCUGACCAAGGUGGCCGAGAUGGCGCGGCAGCACCCGGCCUUCCAGAGCCGGGACCUGUGCAGGGCGCACCAGGAGCUGCUGAAGCUCUUCUGUGAGGAUGACCGGAGCCCCAUCUGUGUCGUCUGCAGGGAGUCCCGGGUGCACCGGUCCCACAGGGUGGUCCCCGUAGAGGAGGCUGUGCAGGAGUACAGGUUGAAGCUGGAAGCGGACAUGGGGCACUUCCGGGAGGAGUUGAUGAAGACGGGGAAGCUGCAGGCCAGGGAGAAACAGGCCUUGGCUGAGUGGCAGGUGAAGGUUAGGGAGCAGAGACAGCGCAUCCUGGUGGAGUUUCAAAAGAUGGGCCUCCUCCUUGUGGAGGAGGAGCAGCGUGUCCUCCAGGCCCUGAAGGAGGAGGAGGAGGAGGUGGUGGCCAAGCUGCAGGAGAGCUCGACCACCCUGGAGAGGCAGAGCCACGCCCUGGAGAGGCUGCUGCUGCAGCUGGAGGACAGGAACGAGCACACACCCCUGCAGAUGCUGCAGGACAUGAAGGAGCUCCUGAGCAGGAAGAACAGCCUGAGUGUCCAGUACCCGGAGGCCACCCCAACCGUGCUGAGGACCGUCUGCAGGGUCCCUGGGCAGAUAGAGGUGCUCAAGAGUUUUCAAGAGGAUGUGGUGCCCGACCCCACCACCGCGUACCCCUACCUCCUGCUGUAUGAGAGCCGGCAGAGGUGCUACCUGACGCCGCCCCUGGGGGCCGUGCCCCCCAGCAAGGACCGAUUCCUGGCCUACCCCUGCGCCGUGGGCCAGCAGACCUUCUCUUCCGGCAGGCACUACUGGGAAGUGGGCAUGAACCUCACGGGCGACGCACUCUGGGCACUGGGCGUGUGCAGGGACAACGUGAGCCGCAGGGACAAGGUCCCCAAGUCCCCCGAAAAUGGGUUCUGGGUGGUGCAGCUGUGCAAGGGAAAGAAGUACCUGCCCGUCAUGGCCGCCCCAACCCCGGUCACGCUGGCCGAGCCCCCCAGCCACGUGGGGGUCUUCCUGGACUUCGAGGCGGGGGAGGUGUCCUUCUACAACCUGAGGGAUGGCUCCCACCUGCACACCUACGCCCAGCGUGAAUUCUCCGGCCCCCUGCAGCCGUUCUUCUGCCUCGGGGCCCCCAAAUCAGGCCAGAUGGUCAUCUCUACAGUGACCCUGUGGGUGAAGGGCUAGGCCACCUGCCAGGUUUCUUUCUAUCUGCUGGCACCUUGGUGAGCCCCCAGCCGUGCAAGGCACUUUCACUAAAAUGAAACAUAAUCCCGAUUAAAGCAGUUAAUGAUAAGAGGCUAUAUUCGCACGCAUUUCAUGAAGGAAACUUGGACAGCCGCUGAGCUCCCUAGUGGACCGAUUCCAAGGAAGGACAUCCAGCCCCAGGCGCAUGUGAUGCGCUAGCUCUGGGAUACGUGUGCCCACCUAGGAAUGGAGCCAGAGGACUGGCCCCGCCGUACUUCGGGUUAUACACGUAGAGCCAGGCCUCCAGGGUCCACCUGCUUUGUCUUCCAAACACUCGGUGUUUGCACCUUGCAGCAAAGCGGGGAGGGGAGGAGGCGGUGAUGGGAAAACGAAACUCUGCAAACCGAAUCCCUAAAAACCUCAGAGCCCUCCAGCCCUUAUGUCGCACAAGCCCUGGCGGAGUUCAGAGUAGGCGUCACGGGUGGGAGGGACUCCUUUCCACCCGCCACUCUCUGCACUUUCAGGCGCAUUCACAGCCCUGUGGCAGGUCGGGUACCCCAGAACCCCAGUCAGUGCGUGCCUUCCCCAACGAGGCCAGAGCUUCUCCCUGCUCGCAUUCUGCUCGUGCCCGGUCCAGGGGCGCACGGGACACGGCUUGGGGCUCGCCAGCGCAGCCUCAGGGCGCCCUAGUCCUCGCAGUCGCUGUGCUGCGCGGGGAACCCAGUGAACUCGCGGGGCGCCCCGCCGGCCCGGGUCUGCAGCGGGUCAGGACGAGAGGCCGACGUGACCCCAGUGCUCCCAGUGCACUCGGGGGCCGCGGCAGCGCCGCCGCGAGGUCAGCAGGCGAAUAGCCUCCAAUGCUGUCCGGCCCGCGGGCCGCG